CGGGCUCAGGCCGCGGCAGCGCAGGGGCCCCACCCGCUGCCUCCGCCUCUUCUCCGGUCGGAAUCGCCAGUAUCACCAGCAUCACACCGUCUGUUUUCCUACCUGGGCUUACAGAGGGGUUUUAGUCUGUCCCUACCCAGCGCAGCCGGCUGCACCGAGCUGGGGGCGCCCGGCAUGGGCCUGGGCCGCUCUGGGUGCGCGGUGCCUCAUUAGGAAGCUGAGCUAAUUGCUGCCAUCCACGUUCAAGUUGUUUAGGAGGGAGAUGUGUAAACUGAGACACUGGCAACUGACCUUUAUCAUGCCGCAUCUGCUAUGUCUAACCUGCCAGCCUGGCGGAGCAUGAGAGGAAUAUAGCAGCGGGUGAAGUUAGUAGCUAAAUUUGUGUCUUCAGACCGAGAACCAUCUUAAGUGUUCGGCUGGAGGGGCCCUUGCCACAGCCGCCUCCUGCUGCCGAGCCGGGCUGAAGCUGUCCCAUGGUUUGUAAAGCUGGCACCGCUGUCUGGGGAGUGUGUGACAGGAACCGAGCAGGGCUGGCUUACUGGUGCCACUGGUGCGGCUGGACCGGGCUCGAACCCCACAUAGUUCCGCUUGGGCUGGAAAAUCAGCUUGGUGGAGUGUGCAGCCCGGUGCCGGACUGCUCUUCGUAAGGAGGGAGCUGCAGUGGAUGCGGAACUAACCCUGCGCUGCUUGUGCUGGCCCGUUCCCCUGCCUUGGAGCCAAUUGUUCCCACCGCAAGUUCUCUGCUCCCAGGCAUGGCCACCUGGGCUUUCUCCCCCAUAAGAGAAGCCGUCGCCACCGAGGGAAGGUGAAGACAUGGCCUAAGGAUGAUCCCAGCAAACCAGUCCACCUGACAGCUUUCCUGGGCUACAAAGCUGGCAUGACACACGUUGUGCGGGAGGUGCACAGGCCUGGGCUCAAGGUCUCCAAGAGGGAGGAGGUAGAGGCUGUGACAAUCGUUGAGACCCCCCCAAUGGUGGUGGUGGGAGUCGUGGGGUAUGUAGAAACACCAAAGGGCUUGAGGAAUUUCAAGACUGUUUUUGCUGAGCACAUCAGCGAUGAGUGCCGGCGGCGCUUCUACAAGAACUGGCACAAAAGCAAGAAGAAGGCGUUCACCAAGUACUGCAAAAAAUGGCAGGAUGAGGAUGGCAAAAAGCAGCUGGAGAAGGAUUUUGCGGCUAUGAAAAAGUACUGCAAGGUCAUUCGUGUGAUUGUGCACACACAGAUGAAGCUGCUCCCACUGCGGCAGAAGAAGGCCCACGUGAUGGAGAUCCAGCUGAAUGGUGGGACAGUGGCUGAAAAGGUUGACUGGGUUCGUGAGAGGCUGGAGAAGCAGGUCUCCGUGCACAAUGUCUUCAGCCAGAAUGAGAUGAUUGAUGUCAUUGGUGUGACCAAGGGGCAUGGGAUGAAAGGGGUGACAAGCCGUUGGCACACCAAGAAGCUCCCCAGGAAGACGCACAAGGGCUUGCGCAAAGUUGCCUGCAUCGGAGCCUGGCACCCAGCCCGGGUUGGUUACUCCAUUGCUCGGGCUGGCCAGAAGGGCUACCACCACCGCACGGAGCUCAACAAGAAGAUUUACCGCAUUGGCCAUGGGAUCCAUGUGGAGGAUGGCAAAGUGGUGAAGAACAAUGCCUCGACACACUACGAUGUCACGGAGAAGACCAUUACGCCUCUGGGUGGCUUUCCUCACUAUGGGGAGGUCAACAACGACUUCCUCAUGCUGAAAGGCUGCGUCGUGGGCACAAAGAAGCGUGUGCUCACCCUCCGUAAGUCCCUUCUGGUGCAUACAAGCCGCCGGGCUCAGGAAGCCAUUGAACUCAAAUUUAUUGAUACUACUUCCAAGUUUGGCCAUGGCUGCUUCCAGACAGCUCAGGAGAAGCGGGCUUUCAUGGGCCCUCAGAAGAAGCACUUGGUGAAAGGGAAGCCAAGUGUGCAGGAGGAGCUGUGAGGACUGAGACAUGCAAGGCUACCUAUCUGGGCACUUUCAAUAAAGGGGCUACAAGCCAUGCCUGCUCCCUA